CUGAGUGACAGCCAAGGUAGCAACAGGUGAUCCGGAAGACCGGAACCUGAAAACUGCCAACCGAGCGAGCGACCGGGAAGUCGAUUCCCCAUUGUCACUUCACUUGUUCAUUCUUCUUUUUCUUCCUCGUCCAAGGGCGACAACUUUUGACUCGUCAUCUAUUGUUGGCUACUUCUACUUUCGCAGAAGACUGAUGAAAGUUUGCGCUCGCGGCGGUCGCAGGCAGCCAUGAGUUCGUCGGAGAGUCUCCGUCCGGCCCCCGGAGGCCGCAAGCCGCUAGGCAAGCUGGCGGCCCGCCUGGAGGAUCUCAAGAGUCCGUGGAGGCAGGUGUCCUCCCUGGAGCUCAGCCACAACGAGGCCGCCCGCCUGGCCACUGACGCCCUGCUCGAGCACGGCGAGCGCGAGUACCGCCGGGUCCUCACCGAGGAGAGGGAGCUCAGCUUCCUGUCCCAAGCCGAGAUCCGGUACGUCACGCAGUACCGGGACCCGGACAGCAACGGCACCGCCGCGGUCACCGGGAGCGGCAGUGGUGCCGGGGCCAGCCCGGCGGCUUCGGGAGCGGAGGAGCACCAGCAUCGCGACGCCGCCGAAAGCGACGCGGGUGAUGACGUCGCGUCCGAACUCACCUCCGGGACUUACUUCCCGACGAUGACCGACGACGAGCCGCCGGUGCUGGAGCUCGGCUGGCCGGACGCUCUGCUCAGGUACGGGCCCUCGGAAACGCAGAUCUACUUUCAGAGGGACAAGACCGUCAACGUCAAAGACCGAAUACGCUCGCUCAUCAACAAGGCGAAGAAGGUAAUUGCGCUGGUCAUGGACGAGUUCAGUGAUGUGGAUCUGCUGUGUGACCUGAUGGAAGCAUCCAGCAAACGCAAAGUUCCUGUCUACAUCCUCCUGGACCACAAAAACCUUCAACUCUUCACCGACAUGUGCUCCUCUUUGGACGUGCACAGCGUCAACAUGAGCAACAUGCGCAUACGUAGCGUGUGCGGGGACACGUACUGCGCCAAGAGCGGCAGGAAGUUCAGCGGCCAAGUCCUGGAAAAGUUCAUGAUCAUCGACUGUGAGGAGGUCAUCGCCGGAUCCUACAGCUUCACUUGGUUGUCAGCUCAGGUACACAGCAACAUGGUGAUGCACUUUUCGGGUCACAUCACUGAGAGCUUCGACCGCGAGUUCCGCUGCUUGUACGCGGACUCUCAGAUCAUCGAGUGUUUCUACAACGACGAGGACGAGGCUCUUCCUAAUUUUCCGGCAUACAAAGCGCCGCUGAUGGGGUUCACGCCGUUCAUCAAGGCCAAUCAGCUUUCAGACAGGCAGCGGCCCGGUUCCGACAACUCCAGCAGCCAAUCUGGCAGCAGCUUGUCCAGCGUAAAGGCUGCGCACGGCCUGACCUCCAACCCAGUUUACAAGGUGACUCAAGGUCACGAUAAAGCCGACCCGCUCAGCUCUCACCUCAGUCUAGAGCGGCGCGGCGCCGAGCGGCGGGUCCAGAACCUGGCGUCGCCACGCGCCUCCUCCAACGGGGCCACCAAUCACAGUCCGCUCUUGGAGCGCCGGACUCUGGCCUACGGGCUCGAGGGGACCAAAGGCAACCCGGCCGACAUCAUCUGGUCCCACCGGGGAGCACCGGCCUCCAAGUUCCAAGCUCUGGGACUGUACGAGCACAAAGUGAAACUAUUCCAAGCCACUGCGCCGCCGCCUCUCCUCCACCGGAGCCGCAGCCCACCCCUGGUGAUUCCGGAAACCAAACUGGGCGCCAAGCACAGAAGCUCGUCCAAUCAGCUCCUCCACAAACUGUCGGACUUCUUCCUACCGCCAUCCGGGAAAGACCACUUGGCCAGGUCUGCCUCGCCUCCUGGUACCAUCGCAUGGGGGGGACCCGACCUCUCCCAAAGUGAGCCCGAGAGCCAACAGCCGCCGCCGCCACAGCCGCCCCCCCUGGCACAGAUCAGCAGGCAGGACCAGAACGUCUAUCAGGAAAAAAGCAGCAGACCGGAGCAUACCACCCAACAGGACCAAACUGUUAGCCAGGACCAGAUUACCAGACAGGACCAGAAGCGCAUGACUCUGGGCCACAGCAAGCUGGAUCUGGUCAAUCAGUACAACAAGAUGAAGUCCAAGCAGGUUUACAGUCGUUUCGAGCUCAAGAACUCCCAAUGACCUCCUGGCGACCAAACCAAGUGUCCCCGAACACCACGAACUCGCCCGGAAACCCAGGGAAGAACUUUUGGUGAAAAUAUGCUAUGAAUAUGCAUUUGAUUCUUUUCAAAAGAAUUCUCUUGGCUCUCGUGGCCUCUAAUGGUUUUCAGUUACCAGGCAGGACCAGAACAUCAAACGGGAUCAAACCACCAGAUCAGAACGAACCACCAGACUGGACCAGAAGUGCCACAGCAACCUGGAUCUGAAAAUGAGGGCCAAGCAAGUUCACAGUCGAGCUCCCAGUGAAAUCCUUGUGACCUCCUAGUAACCUCCUAGGGCCUGAUUUACUAAAAGCUUGCAUGGCACAAACUGGAUUGUUCACGAACACAAUUAGAAGCUAUUCUACACGGUCUGACACUAACGCAGGCCCCAGCGCCCGGGGCCAGAACGGCGCCGUGCCGGACCACCGUAUACCUUACAGACGCUGGCCCGAUCAGGCCUGUGCAAAUUUCUGAAAUAAAUACGAUGAAAUCAACACAUUCUUAUCAAAAUCGCUGCUUUCUGCUGUUCCGGGUACUAUCGGGGAAUGCUUGGUGCUCCAGCUCGUUACGGCCUUCAUCCGGCUAGCUAGCGGGGCGCCACUCAAAGUCACUAGGCGGCGAACAAACUACACUUCUGCAAAGUAUUGUUAUCACCAAGGGAUGACCAGGAGUAUUUAACAGGAGAAGACAACAGAGAAGCCAUGCUAACGGCUAAGCUAACGUGACAUGUAGUCGCCAAACAUCGGAAAGAAUUACUUGGGUGCUACAGUAAGUCGACUUUUGACUGAAUUCGAGAAGCCCGGAAGCACGUUACAGCGAACAGCAAAUUAGUAGGAGAAAUAAGUGACUGGAGAGAAAAGAGAAAAUAAUUAUGCAUACUACAUGUCCAAAUUACAUAUUUAUUUAGGCCAUAUCGCCCAGCCCUAUGCUCUUGUCUUUCACCCCAAAUAUUUGGAGUUUUAUCCACUUAAAUGCACUAAGCAAUUUUACCGCACUGCCUGCGCACAUUCUUGGUGCAUAUCAGGUUAACAAUCCUCUAUCAUGGGCCAUAAUAGGGAUACCCUCCGAGAUGUAUUCUGCAAAUGGCUUUUGCUGUCGAGGCUGCUGCAGCAAGCCACUCCAAGUCAAGUGAUCGCAGCUGAAUCUAUAUGAGAAAUAUAAUUUCAUUUCAUUGGAGCAUUAUGUUCUCAUUGACUUGGAAAUCUACUUGAGUAACUCGCUUAAAAUAUCACUAAACCUGAGUUUUCUUCUGUGUCAUUCUGGAACUAAAACUGUCACUACAAUAUCAGAAUCAGAAUCAUCUUUAUUUGCCAAGUAUGUCCAAAAACACACAAGGAAUUUGUCUCCGGAAGUUGGAGCCGCUCUAGUCCGACAACAGACCGUCAAUUGACAGAGAACACUUUGGUUUUGUUGUCAAUGUCUUUAUGUCUCCAGUCACUGAGCAAUAAAGGGUUGCUAGUUAUCUGGUAAUGCCGGUACCAUUUAUUUAUUUUUUGGACAAUUGUGCAAAAAGAUGCAGAGUCCUCUGGCACUUGGAGCAGUUCGAAUGACUAAUAUUGCAAUAGUCCGGCGCAAUGACCAUCGUGCAAAGGGCGCCGAGACUUCAAGGAAUGUAUGCGGUUUAAAGUGACGAGUAGCGCGAUAAUCUGGGCCAAUGUCGAUUGUGCAAAUGUUGCAGAUACUCCUCAGUCAGUGUGCAAGUGGGCCAGUAUUGGUAAACAACAGAUUUGCAAAUAGUGCAGCGUGGCGAGACUGGAAUGCACGAGUAAUGUAUAAUUGGCCCGACAGAAAUGUGACAACAAACUCAAGACAAACAAAAUAUUGUAUAUUAGACUCACGAUAAAAUACCAAGACAUUGUAUUGAAUAAAUUCAACAUCAAAGCUGAAAUUUAAAGAAAAUUAAGCUGUCAAUAUUUUCUCAUUCACAACUAUUAAGAGGGGCUUUUCGAAAACUUAAAUCGUAUGCGAGAGUUCUAAAUUAAUUUAACUGACAUCAUGACUAUAUGGAGCAAACCCUCAAAAAGGCACAAUAUUGGACCCUCAUCUACCAACCAGGAUUGCGUUUGCCAAACCGCCAAAAUACAAUACAGCUCCUUUUGCGCCACGUGAGAGGAGUGUAUGCAAAUAGAGUAAUUUAGCACACGCAAUCUGACUUCUCAAACCUGACAGGAAUUGCGAUUUUGUGUCAUUAAAAAGCGCGUCUGAGCCAUUCCAGUGUCGUGCAGGCCACGUGAGAGGCGGUGGGGAGAACUUUUCAGCUUGUGUAAACAUUUUUGAAAUGCCAGAAACAAAUUAUUGCGCUGUAUCGUCUGUGCAGUUUUGGAGCUUGUGAAUGAUUCGAGGGGUGACUCGUUCGCCACUCACAAGAAGGGGUCAUGCCAUGUCACCCAUGACAAAAUUUAGCAUUUCCUUGCAGCUGGCACAUUUUGGUGCACUGUGACAAUUGGCGCUAGCCUUUCUCAGGGCAGUUUUUUGGUUUGCCGUCCCAGGUUUUAAACAAUUCUACUGAGGAUACAUCCAAUUGCCACACCCCUGGGAUGAGUUCAAUAAAGCAAAAGAUGGCUUUUAUACGCUUGCUGGCUUCCCCCAAAUUAUCGGCGUGAUAGAUUUGUUUUCUGUACUCAGUGAUAUAUUUGUUUGCCUUUUAAAUCUCAGUAAAAGAUGGCAAUCUUAGUAGAUCACGCGCAAUAUGUUAGCGUGAACAUCUUAGUAAAUCAGGCCCCCGAACGACCACCCGGGUGUCCCCGAGCCACCCGAGCACCACAAACUUGUCUGGAAAGCCACGGAAGAACUUUGUAAUUUUGUGUGUGAACACAUGAAUGCAGUUUUUUUUUCUUCUUUUCAGAGGAAUUCUCUUGGCUUUAUUGUGACUUUUGAUGAUAGUCAACCCUCGCUAUUCGCGGGGGUUAGAAACCAGAACCCAUGCCAUUAGUCAAUGCCUCCGCCAAAAAUGUUAUCAUUUUAAAGUAUCUUGUCGGUCCUUUAUUUUUGCAGCUAAUGGUGAGAUGGGUUGAUAAUUUAUCAACACUAACUACUGUACACCACAAACUAUGAUCACAUAUUCAAAAUCAUCUCACAGCCUCAAAAAUAAAAAGCACUUACAAAACACUCUGUAAUACAAGAAAUACUUCUCACAGACACUAAGGCCAAAAACAAAGUUCGUGACCUCUAACCACAAGGACUCUAGGAGUCGAUCGAGCACACAAGGAUGCGAGAUCACAAGUUCCCCCUACAGGUAGAGUACACAUAGGGUUGACCGUAUAUUUGUAUCUAUGCAAUAUCGUAGAACGGAGCAGAGCUCUGCCAAAGCAGUGCAUCUGCGUCCUGUAGGUGGUGCAAAGAAAACCUUCCGUGACUUCUUUCGUCAGCGUAAGACGUCCACAAAUACAAAACGUAAUGUGAGCGGUGUCGCAAUUUGCCCUUGGCGGAGGUCACAGGCAGGUGUGUACAUAUUUGCUUUUUUGUAUUCUUCGAUGCAAACAUACAUUCUGCAGAAGAACACAGUUGUUUGCAUUUUUGCUUUUUGUGAUCAAACUAAAUCAAUGAAAUAAAAACAAACUCCUUUAUGAUAUUUCCUUUUUUUUAGGUUUAUGAUUAAACAAGAACUUGUUUCAUUUUUUCAAUACAGCUGUCAUGUUUUCUUCUAUGAAACAAAAACUGAUUAAACCAUGUCAUUGUCUAACCAUUAAAAAUGUGAACAUUUAAA